ACAUUGUGCUUCUGUUUUUUGUUACAGACUAAGAAGAACAAUCCCAAUCACAUAAAACGACCGAUGAAUGCAUUUAUGGUCUGGUCGCAAAUAGAACGCAGGAAAAUAUGCGAAGUCCAGCCGGAUAUGCACAAUGCCGAGAUAAGCAAGAGGCUCGGCAGGCGCUGGAAAACUCUGGACGAGGCUGAGCGUAGACCCUUUAUUGAAGAAGCCGAAAGACUUCGUCAGCUACAUAUGAUGGAAUAUCCCGAUUAUAAGUAUAGACCACGAAAGAAGACGAGCAAGCCGAUACCUACUCCAAAAGCCAAGGAGCUGAAGAAAAGCAAGAAGUCUUCGUCUUCAUCCACGAGCUCAACCUCCUCGGCGUCAUCGUUGUCGUCGUCCUCGCCAGCCCCGUCUUCCGUCACCACGAGUCCGAGUCCCGCGUCUUCGCCCAAGAUUCGCAACGAUACGAACAACAAUCAGCAGAGCCCAUUAAAGAGGCUCCAAUCGACUCCGACCACGAAUCCCGUCUCGAGGCUCAAAGUUCGACUGGCUCUGGAUAAGAGGCCAACGGCAAGCGAUUAUACACCUACACCGCCGAUUGCCUCUGCAAAGGUACCCAGUAGCCCGUCCUGUGACACUCCAGACUCGCCCGAGUCAGCCAGCUUCUACGACGAUCACUUCAUCGAUGUCAAACUCAAAUUGCCAGCGCUAUGCAACAACAACACCAGCAGCACCAACAGCAGCAGCAACAGCAACAGCAACAACAACAGCAACAGCAACAGCAACAGCAACAGCAGCAGCAGCAACCAGCAGCCUAAACUCAUCAAACAGGAAGCAAUGGAUUUUGGUACGACAGAUUUUACGAACGACAGGCUCCUGUCAUCGGUCAGAUCGUAUGCGUCGCCCGAUCUCAGUAGUCUCGCCAGAAACUUCCAGAGGAACGCUUGCCACCCUAAUGACGUCUUUAUCAAGGAAGAACCCGUGGAUAUAUCAGCCUCGGUCACCACUUCCACGUCGGCCAUCAAAAUGGAAGAGCCGACGAACCCGAGUCUCGCUGAUCUUGACUCCAUGGCGUUGACGGAUCUCUUGCAAAUACAACCUUCUGACUUCAAACUCGAUCUCGACAUGGAAACGAUUGCUACGGAUCUCGAGAACUUUGAAAGAUCCGCUGGUACUGGCAGUGCAACGCACUUUGAAUUCACUUGCAAUCCCGACGUCACAGACAUGUUUUCUGACAUCGGCGUAAAUAACGAAUGGGGCGGCUUCUGAGACGAGCUGGACGCCGAAGGGCUAGAGGGGCAAGUCGAGAGCACUGCAUCCUCGCCCUUCGAUGCGAAGGUCCUACUGGUGACUCCGCCUUUGAGGAUUAAAAAAAUUUGUAGGAAGAAGAGAAGGAAGAAGAAGAGGAGAAGGAAGAAGAGAUCAAGGCACGUCACUGCUUGCUUGACCUCGGAAGUUUUGUAAUUAGUGUUACUAUCCAAACUGUCUGGUUUCUCCAAGUCCUCAUCUUUAGGCUUGCAAUUUUUUAGAGAAUCUAAUAAGGAUUAAGUAAGAGUGAGAGAAGGAGGGAGAGAGAGAGAGAGAGAGAGAGAGAGAGAGAGAGAGAGGGAGAGAGAGAGAGAAGGAAAAAGAAAAACGGCUUGGCCAGAGCCGAUAUUCAUACGUUGUGUUCAUUAAUAAGAAAACCAAGUGAUCUCUGUAUGUCUAAUGAUUGUAUCUCGGGUAUAUAUUGUGGACAAUCGACGAGACUUUUAAUGAUAACGUUUUAUGAUAACGUUUCAUCUUUUUGGACAUUUCGGUAGUAUCAAAUUGCGAAUAAAAAAAAAAAAUAUUAAAAUGACAGAAAAUUGAAAAAAUUGUCGUAUGUGUAUUAUAAGCGCGCACAUUUUUACUUCCCCUCGCUAAAAUAAAAUAAAAAAAAACAAAAGAAAAAAAAACAAAAAUUAUAAAUUGAAAAAAAAUUACUGAAAAAACGGAAUAUAACAACAAUAACAGAAGCAGCCUCAGCAACAGUAGGAGUAGCAGUGACGAUGGCGAUGGCCAAUUUAAAGGGACGCGAAUGAAAUUCUCGCUAUUUUGUUUCUAAUGCAAGACCGGAAGUACGGGCCACUCGAGUGGAAUCGCAGCUGUUUCCAGUAUUUUCGCCAACUCAUUCAACCUAGCAACGGCUCUAUCCGUGGAGAGCUUCUGCUUUCUCCCUUCUACACGUGGCGUAAUAUGGUCGCUCAUCCACUAAUCUCGGUUUGCUCGCGUUAUUUUUCAUAGACGCAGCAGCAACAGCGGUGUUAGCAUUCGUGAACACCUUUUGUUCGUCCAUUGUGAAUGUUUGCGAAUGGCGUAUGCUUUCCGAGCUUCCCAGAAGGUCGUAUUUUGUGGCUCAACUUCGUGCGCUACUACUCUUUCUUGUUCUAUUGAUCGAGGAUACGAAAUGUUCUGAGUCGGAAGAAUCGUGACGUUCCGCUAAGCUUGGGGCGAGAGGGAGAGAGACUUGUCUCGCUCGGUGUGCAGGUACGACUUGUAACGUGUGUAAUAUAUGCCAAUAUCCUCCUCGACGUCAUUGUCACGCGCGUAUGAAUCAACAUUUCUUACAUUUUUCUCUUCGUUUUUGUUUUUAUAUUUUUAUUAAAAAGUUCGCUUUGGUGUAAGAUUCGUUUAAUUUUACGUAGGCGCUGCGAAUAAAGUAAGAAAAGACGAUAAUUGAGUUAAACGAGACUUACGCUUGCCGUAAGUGGCUGUACGAUACACUUAUUUACGCCAAUACAAAGUAUAAGCAAGGAAAAGCCGUUUUUUUUUUUGUUUUUUUUUUGUAUAUGUACUGUAGCAUAUUAGAAGCUUAAGGACUUUUGUACGAAGCACGAACGUGAACAUGCUGACUUGCGAUCGCGAUCGGAUUGCCGCGGACAUUAAUUUUCCCGUCUUCAAACUGUUCGACCAGCUCACGAAGUCUGAAUCCAGAGAGGGGAAGUUCAAGUUAAUCUUUUCAAAUAUCCCUAUCUCUCCCAGUCGAAAGGAGACUUUACUUUCUUCCUCAACAUUCAUCGUCAUUCGCGAGCUCGUCGCAUUCGAUUAAUCAUGUAACGCCGUCCGAUCGCGCACGCUGCUCGGCCGAUCUUCACGCCCCCUCCCCUCCCCAUUGUGUAUAUCAAUUAUAAAUAAAUAUUUAGUAAUAUAUUAAAUCCUUGU